UGAAGGGGUUUGGGCAUAUGAUGCUAGUACUGAGAGGAUGGUAUUGUGUGGGCUCUUGUCUUCUAGAUGAGGUUAUAAGGUGCACUCACUAAUGGUUACCGCUGGUUGGAGUAUGUCGGUGGGUAUAGCCAAAGGAGGUGGUCAUUCACCACCAGUUAAUCCUAGGGAUGGACGAACACACUAUCCUCUCACCCAAUGUUUCCAUAGCGAACGAGCGCUUCGUCACCGCCAGUAAAGGCAAUCAACCGGAUCUAUAUUGGGCUCUGCCGCUCUGCAGAGGCGGCGGGAGCGAGCGCUCCACGCGCACCAUCUCAAACCUCCCCUCCCCACAAGCAAGAUCUAGCAAACAGGAUGGAACAGGCACUUUCAGUGCACAAAGACCUCGCAAUCACAAACCCGGAAUUCACUCGGACCGCGGGCAACCGGAGGCCUGGGGCGCGCCGUCUCAAAAGCCUCCUUCCCUACCCUCUCUGAGCACACGGAGAAGGGGGCCUAGAGCUGUAUGGCUUUGUCUACUCGAGUAUACAAGAUCCCAAUCCCCCCUGGUAUUUCCCAAAUCAUUUUCCGCUUCAUACCCUCUCACUCACUCAUAAUCUUUUCCCACUACUUUGUGGUUGGGAUGGGUUGGAGUCUCCUUUCUCACCCUGAAACCCCACUGGCAAAGGAUCCGUGUGGUCAAAGGGAUACCCCGUUGGCCGAAUAGGCUACUUGACGACCGGUAUGGAACAUAUCGGAUAUCACAAAUAUGGGAACUCAAUCUUAAAAACGGAAAAUAGGACCGCAGCAUCAUUUUAUCAGUA